CGGAUUCCCAGUUUCGAGCGAGAGCGAGCUCCAAAACUAUACACCUCUUUUCCCCGCGCCCCUGUGGGCUUGCAAACGCGUGCCAAUAUGGACGUCGUCGCUGCGGUCUCCAGCUACAUCUCUCGGAUCGUGACGGCUGGAGACACACCUGCAUCAGGCUCUUCAUCUACCAAGAUGAAGAUCUUGCUUCUUGAUAGUGAGACAGUGCCCAUCGUAUCGACUGCCAUUACCCAAUCGGCCCUUCUGAAUCAUGAAGUGUACCUCAUCGAUCGACUGGAUAAUAACGCGCGGGAGAAGAUGCGCCAUCUGCGCUGCCUAUGCUUUGUCCGCCCGUCGCCCGACUCGGUACAGUUCCUGAUCGACGAGCUCCGCGAACCCAAGUACGGCGAGUAUUACAUUUACUUUAGCAAUAUAAUUCGCAAGUCGUCUCUGGAGCGUUUGGCGGAGGCCGAUGACCAUGAGGUUGUACGGGCGGUGCAGGAACAUUUUGCGGAUUUCAUUGUCGUCAACCCGGAUCUGGGCUCGCUGGGCCUGGGCUUCCCCAAGCAGCGUCUUUGGAGCCACUCGCCGGACCUUUGGAACGCAGACGCGCUACAGAGAGCAACGGAGGGGGUGAUCGCGAUGCUUCUGUCUUUGAAGAAGAACCCGCUGAUCCGAUACGAGAAGAACAGUCUGAUGACCAAGAAACUUGCGACAGAGGUCCGAUACCAGUUGACGCAGGAGGAACAGCUCUUCAACUUCCGCAAGACAGACACGCCGCCAAUCCUCUUGAUUCUUGAUCGGCGGGAUGACCCCAUAACCCCGUUGCUCACCCAAUGGACUUAUCAAGCCAUGGUCCACGAAUUGAUCGGCAUCAACAACGGGAGAGUCGAUCUCAGCGAUGUACCCGACAUUCGACCAGAGCUUCGAGAAAUCGUACUCUCACAAGAUCAAGACCCGUUCUUCAAGAAGAACAUGUACCAGAACUUUGGCGACCUGGGUCAGAACAUCAAGGAAUACGUGGAACAGUAUCAGGUCAAGACCAAAAAUAACAUGAAUAUCGAGUCGAUUUCAGACAUGAAGCGGUUCGUCGAAGACUAUCCCGAGUUUCGCAAACUCUCGGGGAACGUGAGCAAGCAUGUCACCUUGGUAGGUGAGCUCAGCCGGAGAGUUGGCGAGGAGAACUUGUUGGAUGCGAGCGAGCUGGAGCAGAGCUUGGCUUGUAAUGAUAACCAUGCGAACGACCUCAAAACUCUGCAGAGAAUCAUUCAGCUCCCGUCCGUACCAGCGGAGAAUAAGCUUCGCUUGGUGGCUCUCUACGCUAUUCGAUAUGAGAAACAGCCGUCGAACGCUCUCCCGGUCCUACUAGAUCUCCUAGUCACCGCGGGUAAUGUUCCCUCUCACCGAGUCAACAUCGUCUCCAAGUUGCUUGCCUAUCAUCAUUCUCUCCAGGCUCCACCUGUAGCAGGGGGCUUUACAGAUCUAUUCGAGUCGACAUCCUUCUUCUCCGGUGCUCGAGACCGUUUCAAAGGACUGAAGGGUGUCGAAAACGUCUAUACACAACACUCACCGCGCCUAGAGGUCACCCUACAGAACUUGAUCAAAGGCCGUUUGAAGGAGCUCCAGUAUCCGUUCCUGGAGGGUGGUGGCCAUACUAGAGACAAGCCACAAGACAUCAUCAUCUUCAUGGUUGGCGGUGCCACCUAUGAAGAAGCGAAAAUGGUCGCCCAGGUCAACGCCAGCUCCCCCGGCGUCCGCGUGGUGCUGGGUGGCACCUCCAUCCAGAACAGUACGACGUUCUUGGAAGAAGUAGAGGAUGCCGUGGGCAGCUGGCCAGAGCCUGCUCCUUCGUCGGCUGCUGGACGGCUACGGAGGGAAGUUGGACGUUGAUGAGAGUUGACGCAGGUCUCGGGC